AUAAGUACAAUUACAAAUGAUUAAAUGUGAGACCUUACAAUAAUAAAAUAAAUUAAGCUGACAUUACUUUAACCUACUUUAAUCAUGCAUCCAUGUAUAUCCUUCGCCUUUAGGGUAUUAAACAUAGUAAUCAAAUGCAAUGUAAUAGAAAUAAACAUUGAAGUGAAGUAAAUUAGUUUUUAUUCAGUCAUCACAUAAUACAGUGCAGAUAAACAAUAUAGACAAAAAAAAAAACAAAGUCAGCGGUCUAUGUAUUAAGUAGUGACUGAACAGGUUCAGGCUGAAGCAAAAUGCUUCAGUAUGCUUGCCUACAUUCUUAACAAUUUAAGCUGUCCACCAAAAAGAAAAAAGACUUGUUCACACCUGUAACCCUGAGAAUGACCUCUGUAAACUACUCUUUUGAAAACCAAAAAGACAUUACACAUUUUAGAAGCCCAGAACAGCAGCACACUGCUGGACCUGGACUCAGCUGUGUGUUCAUGAAGAGCAACUGGUCCAUGAAGUGUCCUUUUAAUUUUAAUCUGGUGGUAGAAGGUCAGAAUGUAAAACUGAUUGUUGUUGUUGUUUAUUUAAAGAUUGAACAUAUUUUCUAUCAGUUUUUAUCCAACAUGCACAUUCAUCAGUUCUGUUUGUGUUUCAGGAUCCAGCAGCAGAGACCAGACUCUCCUGAACCCAGCUGUCCAUCUUUAAAGAGCAACAACUCGAAGGGCUGGGACAUUGACUUUAAAGGACGAUGUCCAUCAGCUGAUCAGACAGUGGACCAGGAGAGCUCAGAGGUUCCCAGGUCUCAGUCUGCCCAGCAGCAUCAAACACAGCUGGACUCCAUAUUUAUGCUGCUGGAGGAGAACAUGGUCACUUUUGUGAAGAACGAGCUGAAGAAGAUGCACAAGCUUCUGAGUCCAGAUUACCCAGAAUGCUCAGGGAGUCAGGGGGAUGAUGAGGAGAUGUUGGACUGUGAAGAUGAAGAGCAGAGGAGGAGCAGCAGAGAGGCAUUUGUGAAGAUCACAGUGAACUUCCUGAGGAGAAUGAAGCAGGAGGAGCUGGCUGACUGUCUGCAGAGCAAACAUUUUGCUGCAGUUUGUCGACGUAAACUCAAAUCUGCCCUGAAGAAGAAGUUCCAGUGUGUGUUUGAGGGGAUCGCUAAAGCAGGAAACCCGACCCUUCUGAACCAGAUCUACACAGAGCUCUACAUCACAGAGGGAGGGACUGGAGAGGUCAAUGAUCAACAUGAGGUCAGACAGAUUGAAACAGCAUCCAGGAAACCAGACAGACCAGAAACAACCAUCAGACAAGAAGACAUCUUUAAAGCCUCACCUGGAAGAGAUGGACCAAUCAGAAGAGUAAUGACAAGGGGAGUGGCUGGCAUUGGGAAAACAGUCUUAACACAGAAGUUCACUCUGGACUGGGCUGAAGACAAAGACAACCAGGACAUACAGUUCACAUUUCCAUUCACCUUCAGAGAGCUGAAUGUGCUGAAAGAGAGAAAGUUCAGCUUGGUGGAACUUGUUCAUCACUUCUUUACUGAAACCAAAGAAGCAGGAAUCUGCAGGUUUGAUCAGUUCCAGGUCGUGUUCAUCUUUGACGGUCUGGAUGAGUGUCGACUUCCUCUGGACUUCCACAACACUGAGAUCCUGACUGAUGUUACAGAGUCCACCUCAGUGGACGUGCUGCUGACAAACCUCAUCAGGGGGAAACUGCUUCCCUCUGCUCGCCUCUGGAUAACCACACGACCUGCAGCAGCCAAUCAGAUCCCUCCUGAGUGUGUUGACGUGGUGACAGAGGUCAGAGGGUUCACUGACCCACAGAAGGAGGAGUACUUCAGGAAGAGGUUCAGAGAUGAGGAGCAGGCCAGCAGGAUCAUCUCCCACAUCAAGACAUCACGAAGCCUCCACAUCAUGUGCCACAUCCCAGUCUUCUGCUGGAUCACUGCUACAGUUCUGGAGGAGGUGUUGAAAACCAGAGAGGGAGGAGAGCUGCCCAAGACCCUGACGGAGAUGUACAUCCACUUCCUGGUGGUUCAGUCCAAACUGAAGAAGGUCAAGUAUGAUGGAGGAUCUGAGACAGAUCCACACUGGAGUCCAGAGAGCAGGAAGAUGAUUGAGUCUCUGGGAAAACUGGCUUUUGAGCAGCUGCAGAAAGGAAACCUGAUCUUCUAUGAAUCAGACCUGACAGAGUGUGGCAUCGAUAUCAGAGCAGCCUCAGUGUACUCAGGAGUGUUCACACAGAUCUUUAAAGAGGAGAGAGGCCUGUACCAGGACAAGGUGUUCUGCUUCGUCCAUCUGAGUGUUCAGGAGUUUCUGGCUGCUCUUCAUGUCCAUCUGACCUUCAUCAAGUCUGGACUCAAUCUGAUAUCAGAAAAGCAAACCGCAUCCCGAAGGCCUAAACUAUUAAGAAACAUAUCUAAAGCAAAACUCUUCUACCACAGAGCUGUGGACGAGGCCUUACAGAGUCCAAAUGGACACCUGGACUUGUUCCUCCGCUUCCUCCUGGGUCUUUCACUGCAGACCAAUCAGACUCUCCUACGAGGCCUGAUGUCACAGACAGGAAGUGGCUCAGAGACCAAUCAGGAAACAGUCCAGUACAUCAAGAAGAAGAUUGAAGAGACUCCCUCUGCAGAGAAAAGCAUCAACCUGUUCCACUGUCUGAAUGAACUGAAUGAUCGUUCUCUAGUGAAGCAGAUCCAACAGUCCCUGAGAUCAGGAAGUCUCUCCACAGAUAAACUGUCUCCUGCUCAAUGGUCAGCUCUGGUCUUCAUCUUACUGUCCUCAGAAGAAGAUCUGGACGUGUUUGACCUGAAGAAAUACUCUGCUUCAGAGGAGGCUCUUCUGAAGCUGCUGCCAGUGGUCAAAGCCUCUAACAAAGCUCUACUGAGUGGCUGUAACCUCUCAGAGAGAAGCUGUGAAGCUCUGUCCUCAGUCCUCAGCUCCCAGUCCUCUAGUCUGAGACACCUGGACCUGAGUAACAACAACCUGCCGGAUUCAGGAGUGAAGCUGUUUGGUGGACUGGAGAGUCCACACUGUACACUGGAAACUCUCAGACUGAGUGACUGUAACCUCUCAGAGAGAAGCUGUGAAGCUCUGUCCUCAGUCCUCAGCUCCCAGUCCUCUAGUCUGAGACACCUGGACCUGAGUAAAAACAACCUGCCGGAUUCAGGAGUGAAGCUGUUGUCUGGUGGACUGGAGAGUCCACACUGUACACUGGAGACUCUCAGACUGAGUGGCUGUAAACUCUCAGAGAGAAGCUGUGAAGCUCUGUCCUCAGUCCUCAGCUCCCAGUCCUUUAGUCUCAGACACCUGGACCUGAGUAACAACAAUCUGCUGGAUUCAGGGGUCAAGGUGCUGUCUGCUGGACUGAAGAGUCCACUCUGUACACUGGAAACUCUCAGUCUGUCAGGAUGUCUGGUCACAGAGGAAGGCUGUGCUUCUCUGGCCUCAGCUCUGAGCUCCAACCCCUCCCAUCUAAGAGAGCUGGACCUGAGCUACAAUCACCCAGGAGACACAGGAAUGAAGCUUCUGUCUGCUGGACUGGAGGAUCCAGACUGGAGACUGGACACUCUCAGGGCGGAGCCUGGUGGAGUCCGAUGGUUGACACCAGGUCUGAGGAAGUAUUCCUGUGAACUCACAAUCGACACAAACACAGUGAACAGAGAGAUCAAACUGUCUGACAACAACAGGAAGGUGAUACAUGUGGAGGAGGAUCAGUCAUAUCCUUAUCAUCCAGACAGAUUUGACCAGUUGCCUCAGCUGCUGUGUUCAACUGGUCUGACUGGUCGCUGUUACUGGGAGGUCGAGUGGAGAGGAGGGGUUAGUGUAUCAGUGAGUUACAGAGGAAUCAGCAGGAGAGGAAACAGUAAAGAUUGUUGGUUUGGAAGGAACGAUCAGUCCUGGAGUCUGAUCUGCUCUAAUGAUGGUUACUAUGUCUGGCACAAUGACAGAGUGACAUCUAUCUCCUCCUCUGUCUCUAACAGAGUAGCAGUGUAUGUGGACUGUCCUGCUGGCUCUCUGUCCUUCUACAGAGUCUCCUCUGACUCACUGAUCCACCUCCAAACCUUCAACACCACCUUCACUGAACCUCUGUAUCCUGGGUUUGGGUUCUUGUGGUCUGGUUCCUCAGUGUCUCUGUGUUGAGUGAAGCAGAGAGAGUCUCCUCCUGUCAGAGAAACUCACUGUUGAACAGAAAGUUCAGUCUCUACAUGUCUGUCUCUUUCACUCACUCACCUUUUCAGAUUCAUGAAUUAAAUCAGUUCAUUUUUAAACUCUUGUAAAUGAUUCUUGUAAACUUCUUCCUCUUCCUUUAAAGAUGGAAACUAAGAUUAUUACACAAAACUUGUUGAUUUUUACUUUUUUAAGACUCUGAUUUUCUUGUCUUUUCACAAUAAAAGCAUCAGUGUGAGUA